GUUACUAGCGAUCACUCGAGUGAAUCAUUUCUGCUGAUUUGCUGAAUGAAAUAUUUUAAAACGGAGCGCUCGGCAAUGCGAGGAGCCGUCAGCCACGUCAAUCCCCGCAAUAGUCCAAUCAUUUUCUGACCUAAACAUCAAAUUUCCCUCUGUAAUUCCGCCAUUGAUUUUCCCUCCGUUCACCUUCGGUUCUCUCGUCGCGGCGGUUCGUCCAUCCUCGGUCAGGGAGUUCAGGUGUUGCUGUAUUGUUUUGUUAAACUUUGUCCAUUUCACAUAUUAAAUUAGAGUAGAAGAAUGGGAUUUUCUUAUUGUCUUUACCAGCCAAAUGUAGCACAUUGUAAUGAAGCUGUGGUAAUACUUGAACGACCAAACACGAGGCUGAGGUUAAAUCAUGUGGGUUUUAAUUGCGAACCUAUUGGAAACCUGAGAUUUAUGUUAAGAAGUCCAUCAACUAAGAAUUUGAAGCGAGGCAGUGCCAGUAGGAACGUAAGUGCUAACAGUUCUAGGUUAUUAUUCAAUUAUUGUUUGUGGAAUUCUAGUACAUGUGGAGACUGUAUCUGUCUUAAGACAUACAGGGGAAAAAUUUUGUCUCAGUGUCAAGGAAAUGAUUCACUAGCAUAUAUUGAUGGUAAUGGUAGAGAUGUUCAAUCCAUUGAAAAUGGUAGUGAUGGGAGUUCAAGAACUGAGACUAAUGCCAUUGCGGAAAUUAGUAGUUUGAACGAUGAAUCUGUGGAAAUUAAUGAAGAAACAGAAGAACCUAGUUUGGAGGAUUUAAGGGAAUUGUUGCAGAAGGCACUCACAGACUUGGAGGUUGCACAGCUUAAUAGCACCAAGUUUGAGGAGAAAGCUCAGAGGAUAUCAGAAGCGGCAAUAGCUUUGAAGGAUGAAGCAGCAAGUGCCUGGAAUGAUGUUAACAAGGCUCUCAAUAGUAUCCAAGAGACACUAAAUGAAGAAGCUGUGGCUAAAGAAGCCGUACAAAAAGCAACCAUGGCAGUUUCUUUGGCUGAGGCAAGGCUCCAGGUGGCAAUGGAUUCAUUGGAAGUUGCAAAAAGGAAUGGGUCCCUAGAAACUUCCGGAGAAAGCAAAGAGGAAGUGCCAGCAUCAUCAAAAGAGGAGGAAACACUUUUAGCUGCUCUUGAAGAUGUGGAAAAAUGCCGAGAUCAUUUAGCCAAUUGUGAAGCUGACCUGAGGCAGUUAGAGAACAGGAAGGAAGAGCUGCAAAAGGAAAUUGACAGGUUGAAUGAGGUUGCAGAGCAAGCACAAAUGAAUGCUCUCAAAGCUGAGGAAGAUGUGGCAAAUAUAAUGCUAUUAGCAGAGCAAGCUGUUGCAUUUGAACUCGAAGCUACACAGCAUGUUAAUGAUGUGGAGAUCGCCAUACAGAAAGCUGAGAAGAAUCUAACAAUUUCAUUUAUCGAUCCCACAGAGGCUACAAAUGGAUUUUCACGAGGACAGGCAUUGGCUGAUGAGAUAGUUCUUGAGGGUGAGGUGAACCAAAGAAAUCCAGCCAAUGGUGAAAAGCAUGGAGAGGUAUCAGUUGAGGAUGCCCAGGUAACUGCUGAGCCUUUAGCAGACACCCUGUUGGAUAUAGGUGGCCAUAGAUUUGAUGAAUCUCACUUAUCUGAUGCAAGUGACCAAGAUGAUAGCUUCAUUCCAGACUCUUCAAAAGAUGGUGAACUGGAUUCAGAAAAAUCAACUAACAUUCAGAGUAAAAAACAGGAAGUGCCUAAGGAAUUAGCCAGGGAUAGCUCACCAUUAAAUGCUCCAAAAGCUUUAUUGAAAAAGUCAUCCCGUUUCUUUUCUGCGUCCUUCUUCUCCUCUUCUGCAGAUGGUGAUGAAUUCACACGAGCUUCUGUUUUUCAUGGUGUAAUGGAGUCAGCUAGGAAGCACUUACCUAAAUUGGUGGUCAGCUCAUUGCUACUUGGAGCAGGGUUUGCCUUCUAUUUCAAUCGGUCUGAGCGGAUUUCUAGAUUAUUCCAACAGCCAGACAUCGGUACUACUAGUAUUCAUGAGGUUUCAACAAACACAAAGCCUCUAGUCCGGCAACUAAGGAAGCUGCCUAAGAAAAUUAAGAAACUACUUGAAAAGCUUCCUCAUCAAGAGAUAAAUGAGGAAGAAGCUUCCCUUCUUGACAUGCUGUGGCUACUGCUUGCUAGUGUUAUUUUUGUUCCUGUGUUCCAAAAACUCCCUGGAGGUAGCCCUGUUCUCGGAUACUUGACUGCUGGCAUCUUGAUUGGACCUUACGGUCUUUCUAUUAUUCGUAAUGUACAUGGAACCAAGGCAAUAGCUGAAUUUGGUGUUGUCUUCUUGCUAUUUAACAUUGGCCUUGAGCUUUCUGUUGAGAGGCUAAGUUCCAUGAAGAAAUAUGUUUUUGGUUUGGGUACUGCUCAGGUAUUAGUGACAGCUGCAGUGGUUGGCAUGGUUGCUCAUCUUGUUGCUGCACAGCCAGGCCCUGCUGCAAUUGUCAUUGGAAAUGGUCUUGCAUUAUCCUCCACUGCUGUUGUUCUCCAGGUAUUGCAGGAGCGUGGUGAGAGCACAUCACGGCAUGGACGGGCCACAUUUUCUGUAUUACUCUUCCAGGAUUUGGCAGUGGUUGUUUUGCUCAUACUCAUACCUCUUAUUUCACCUAAUUCAUCUAAAGGAGGGGUUGGUUUUCGGGCCAUAGCUGAAGCCCUUGGAUUGGCUGCUGUAAAAGCAAUUGUUGCUAUUGCUGCCAUUAUUGCUGGAGGACGUCUGCUUCUUAGGCCAAUUUAUAAGCAAAUUGCAGAGAAUCAGAAUGCCGAAAUAUUCUCAGCUAAUACGCUUCUUGUAAUUCUUGGUACAAGUCUUCUAACUGCCAGGGCUGGUCUUUCAAUGGCUCUAGGAGCAUUUUUGGCUGGUUUGCUUCUUGCAGAGACUGAAUUUUCACUGCAGGUUGAGUCAGAUAUUGCUCCAUACCGCGGCCUCCUUUUGGGUCUCUUUUUCAUGACGGUUGGAAUGUCUAUUGAUCCCAAGCUUCUUCUCUCAAACUUUCCAGUUAUUAUGGGGGUAUUAGGACUUCUAAUUGGUGGAAAAACAAUUUUGGUUGCUUUAGUUGGCAAACUUUUUGGCAUUUCAAUCAUAUCUGCCAUAAGAGUUGGUCUGCUACUGGCCCCAGGUGGAGAAUUUGCAUUCGUUGCCUUUGGUGAAGCUGUUAAUCAGGGUAUAAUGUCUUCUCAACUGUCAUCUCUGCUAUUUCUUGUGGUGGGAAUUUCUAUGGCCAUCACUCCAUGGUUGGCUGCUGCAGGCCAAGUAAUAGCUUCUCGUUUCGAGCUUCAGGAUGUUCGAAGUUUGUUACCUGUGGAAAGUGAGACUGACGAUUUGCAAGAUCAUAUUAUUAUUUGUGGAUUUGGACGUGUUGGCCAGAUCAUUGCCCAGCUUCUUUCUGAAAGACUGAUUCCAUUUGUUGCACUUGAUGUGAGAAGUGAUCGGGUUGCUGUUGGACGUGCACUUGAUCUUCCUGUAUACUUUGGUGAUGCUGGUAGUCGAGAGGUACUCCAUAAAGUAGGUGCUCAUAGGGCUUGUGCUGCUGCAAUAACGUUGGAUACUCCCGGUGCAAAUUACAGAACUGUGUGGGCCUUGAACAAGUAUUUUCCUAAUAUAAAAACAUUUGUGCGCGCCCAUGAUGUUGACCAUGGCCUAAACUUGGAAAAGGCCGGAGCAACAGCGGUUGUACCGGAGACCUUGGAACCAAGUUUGCAGUUAGCGGCUGCUGUCCUUGUAGAAGCUAAACUGCCAAUGUCAGAGAUAACGGCAACGAUCAAUGAGUUCAGGUCCCGCCACCUAGCUGAGCUAACCGAGCUGUGUCAAACUUCUGGAAGCUCUCUUGGAUAUGGAUUUUCUCGAGUCGUUAAUAAACCCAAAGCCCAGCAGUCAGACUCUUCAGACGAGGGCGAAGGAGCGCUGGCAAUAUAACACCGAUCGCGCUCUGUGUGAAACAGAAUAAAGAAAGAAAUGGGAGAAGAAGAUGCUGCUUUUGAAGUACUGUAUAGCCAGCCUUCUUGAGUUUUGUCCCAUUGCUACAAUUGUACAGUAAAGAAGAGGCAAACUUUGACAUGAGAACUCACUCUUGUUCGGCUUAGUAUGUAGGUGAUUGCUAGAUUUCACAUUUUUGGUCCUGUGUUUUUUAAAAAGGGACAUUUAUGCGCAAAGUAUUGCGGCUUUGCAGAUUUUACCUGAACUACUCUGGCUCACAGCUUUUCAUCGUAAGCACAUAAAGAGAUUAAAAUGGUUUGAGCUAU